AAAUCACAACUAAUCACAAACGAGUCUACUGUCCUAAACAUGUCAGUGGCUAUUCACUUCCAUUUCCUGUUUGUUUUUGCCAUUCUAAUGGCCCUCUCAAACUCCCAAAGUGAUGAUAAGACCAACUACAGAGUGCAGACCAAGAAACAGAUUGCCAUGUUUGUGUUUGGAGAUUCAGUUUUUGAUCCUGGGAAUAACAACUACAUCAACACCUCUACUUCGGGCAUUGGCAAGGCGGAUUUCCCCCCAUAUGGGGAGACCUUUUUCCCUAAACCAACUGGAAGACACUGCGAUGGCCGCAUACUUCCCGAUUUUGCAGCUGCGUAUGCAGGUUUACCAUAUUGGAGACCUUAUUUAGACCCCAAUAAUCACAAUUUUAUAGUUGGAGCAAACUUUGCCAGUGCUGGAGCAUGCGCUCUUGUUGAAGACGAUGAAGAUGGGAUACCCUUGGAAGUUCAAAUAGACUACUUCAAGAAAGUCUCAAAUUUGUUGAAGGAGCAGUUAGGUGAAGCAGAGGCAGAAGAGCUGUUAAAAGGAGCCAUCUAUUACUCUAGCAUUGGAGGAGUUGAUUACACCACCUUUAUCUAUGAAGACUCUAAUGUUACUGAAUCACAGAUACAAGAUUUUGUAAAUAUUGUGGUUGGCAAUAUAACCAACGGAGUAAAGGAAAUAUAUAAAGUAGGAGGAAGGAAAUUUGCAUUUCAAAAUGUAGCACCAAUCGGAUGUGUGCCAGGAUCAAAACAGUCCUACAACACUACUGGCUGUGUGGAAUCACUCCAAACUCUAGCAACCAUGCACAAUAGUGCUCUAAAUUUUGCUGCUGAGGACUUAGCAAGCGAGUUGCCGGGAUUCAAAUAUUUAAUAUUUGAUUUCUUCAAUACACUAAUGGAUAGAACAGAAAACCCAUCAAAAUAUGGUUUCAAGGAAGGGGAUGUAGCAUGUUGCGGCAGUGGUGAAUACCGAGGAAGUGCUACUUGUGGAAGUUUAACAUCGCCAUAUGAACUUUGCAGUAAUCCUAAUGAAUAUGUGUAUUUUGAUUUAGCCCAUGCUACUGAAGCCUGCAAUAUUCAGUUAAUUGAGUUGUUAUGGAAUGGAACGACGAAUGUUACUUGGCCUCUUAACUUGAGACAACUAAUUGAACUCGAAAGUGAAACAGAAAUUUCUUCCAACAUUGAUCGUUUGAUUGACGAACCAGUUGCUGUUUCUGUAUCGAACACUUAUGAAUAGGAGAAUUGAGUUCAUUUUGUUUUGCCAUUGGGGUGUCAGUUUGUCAUGAGCAAAAAUCUCAGGAAUAAAUUAAAUCAAAUCUA